CUGAAAAACUAGCAAAUAUAUUUUUUCAAUUUUCAAAGCCCUCCCAUUCCCAUUCUCAUCUCACACUCACAAACACAUACACACGCCACUUACCUCGUUAUCUCCUCUCUCUGUCUCUUUCUCUCUCUAAAAAGACUAACUUUCUCUCUCUCUCUUUCUUUGUAUAACCAAAUUCGAAGAGCGAGGGUUGGUUGUUUUUGUUUUCUUUCUCAUAAUCAAAAUUAUCUUCAAGAGACAAAAAUAAAUGAGUGGAAAAGGAGUAUUAAGAGGUCAUUCUCAAGCCGAAACUUCUUAUGGGAAGAAAAGAUCUAAAAGUGGCGAGACUAAAGGAAACCUUGAUGAUGACGACGACGUUGUUUUCAUUGAUGUUGACAGUGACUUAUCUAGUAAUGUUAUUAUCAUUGAUGAUCCCAAGCAUGUACGGCAAAAUUUAAAAUGUUCCAGUGCAAAUAGAAAAGGUAAAAAAUUUCCACAUCAGGGUGUUAUCAGCAUUGAUGAUGAUGAAAGUGAUGUUAUGGACCGUCCUGGGAUUGGUGAAAAAGGUUGUGGGGAGUUGGAUAGUGAUGCCACCUCAAGCAAGAGAUCUUUUCCUUCUUCUAGUCGUAUGCAGAACUCUGUAGAUGUAGAUGGUGAUGAAUGUUGCUUUGUCCAUGAAAACAGAUCUUCAUUCAAGUUGUCAAAGUGCAACCAAAUGUACUCAGGGAAAGCUCCCAGUAGAAAUUGUUAUGGCUUAGGAUCUGAGUCUGAGAGUGCUUCAUCUGAUAGUGAUUGUUCUGAGUGUGAGCUUAUGGAAGGUUCUUUCGGAAAGCUUCAUGAACAGUGGAAAAAAGCUUCCUUGAAGAAAAAACAUGAUCGCAACGGUCAAUCUGGUUUAGAUGAUCAGACUAGUUUUUCUGGUUCCCAUGCUGAUAUCCAUACAGAUUUUGAAGAAGAAAAUAAGACAGAAAAGAAACCAGCGGUCCCUGUUUGUUCAAGUUCGAGCAGCCAAGAUCAUGAAAAAGAAUUUUUAUCUGCUUUCUUUGCAAGUGGUGAUGGAUAUGUGGGGGGUACUUCUUUCGAUCCUGGGAUGGAAAGCCCUUGUAUGAAAUCUGAUCCGAGAGUUCACCAGACAUUUGCAGAAGAUCCUCCUUUUAGCUAUAAGUGGCAGAGGCCCUAUCAUGUUAAUGGUGGUGGCAGUGGUUUUUGCAAUGGAGAACAAAGCCAGCAAACACCUCCAUCAUCAACUGCUCAAGAACAGGUCGAUUCACAAUCUAAAUAUGCUAGGCCCAAUCAAAAAGGUGAAACGCGUGCUGAUCUUGACAGAGUUGUACCAAGGAGCAAAGUUGAUGAGUCUCCUCAGGCACCUUCUAGUUGCAACACUUCUGUUGAAACUCACGUUAAUCUUGACAGAACUGUCUCAAACCAAGCUGGUUGCAAUGAAGAACAGGUUAAUGGUGCUCGCAAUGGUCUUUGCAACACCCUUGAAGAAUCUUUCUUUUGCAGUAUCCCUUCGGAAGGCAAGUCAGAGGUCAUUAACAAAAAAGCAUUUUCUGAAGAAAGGGAAAAGGCAGAUUCUGAGCAAACAUUAUUGUGGAACACUCGUUGUGAUGAAACACAAGUAGUGGAAGCAAAUGAGACAUAUGAUUUAAGAAAUCCAAUAGUUUCUCAAGAUGGAGAUGUUACUCCUGUGGUUGAAAAAAAUAUAAUUAAUGAACGAGAAAAGAUGAAGGCGACUGAUGAAUACAAGCGAGCAAUAGAAGAAGAAUGGGCAUCCAGGCAGCGACAGCUACAAAUUCAGGCAGAAGAGGCACAGAGGUUGCGUAAAAGAAGAAAAGCUGAAAGGCGUUUAUUGGACAUGCAGAGGAGGCAAAAGCAACGGGUGGAAGAAGUGAGAGAGACUCAAAAGAAGGAUGAAGAAAAUAUGAACCUUAAAGAGCAACUUCGAGUUGAAAUAAGGAAGGAACUCAAUAAAUUGGAAAUGACUUGUAUUGAUAUGGCCUCAUUGCUUCGUGGCUUGGGAAUACAAGUUGGAGGUGGUUCGUAUCCCAUGUUACCAGAGGUGCACACAGCUUAUAAACGAGCUUUGUUAAGAUUUCACCCAGACCGGGCAUCAAAAACUGACAUUCGCCAGCAGGUUGAAGCUGAAGAAAAAUUUAAGCUUAUUUCUCGCAUGAAGGAAAAAUUUUUGUGACUUCAUGUUUCUGAAUGCUAACGGAAGGGUUUUAAAUUCUUUUUUAGAAAUUUAUCAAUGGUAGUGAUUUCAUAGUUUGUGGUGCUUGUGUCUCAUAGUUUCUGAUUUCAUUUAUAUUGUAUCUGAUGGCAUUUUUUCCCUGAGCCAGCUCUUACCGGGUUAUAUUUGUAAAGCAGUUCACAUUCUCUCUUCUUGGUCAAGGAAAUUAUUGUUUGAGGGUUGUCUAGCUAAGAACGUUGUUGGUCAAUUGACACCUCUUGGUGUAUAUAACGGAAAUGUCUAAGAUUCAAAUCUCCCUUUUAAAUUAUUAAAAGAAAAAUUGUUUGUUUCUC